CAAUUGUGGGCGUCAUACGUUCCAAUUGUUGAAAGUGCGACUACGCACUGCGACUGCGCGCCCGGGAAAAGAGCAGAUCAAAUUUGCGAUAAGCUCUACUAGGUGAACCACCAAGAAACACAAUAUCAGACACAGGCGGAUAAUCUUCCUGUCUCUCUUUGUUUUUUGUUUUUUUUAUAUUUUCUUUUUCAAUCGCAAACCCGACAAAAACACCACAGUCGGCCAGCAUACCUAACCUUACCUCCCUCCUCUUACCCGAACUGAGGUAAUCUCAGCAUAUUCGGACUUUUGCUCUCCUUUCCCCUCUUUCGCUUCCGUCUUCCGUCCCGACAUCCUCAAUCAACUGCAUUUUCCCUCGUCGUCUUAAUAUUUCUCAAACAACCUAGCCACCGCAUCCGCCUUUAUAUAGUCACACCCCCCGGCCCUUGGAACGCCCCCCGCUUAAAAGGGUCGUCGACAUCUUAGCUUUGAACACUCCCUCGUUCCCCCCGCCAACAACUUUGGCAGGUUGCAUGCUUAUGUGUCGCUCGCCGUCUCAGCCUCACUGGGUUGGGUUGGCCACAUAAUACGUGCGACCACCCCCGCGCAGGUGCACGUUCGGUUCUCGUCCAUCCCGAUCUCUGGUCAUUUCGCCAACGCUGCCGUCCACAGCCAUGGCUGCCGCUUUCCGCCCGGCCAACAACGGUCCUGGGCAUUCCGAGGCCUUGCAUGAAGGCCGACCCCCGAGUGCGCCACUACAAUCAUCUGAGAACAGAGCUCAGCAGAUGCAUUCGACUGCUCCGAUGGACGACGCAACAACUCCUACCAGGGCCACCUUCAGCCGCGGCAACUCGGCUGCUGGGGCGAACAGAAACAGCACUGGGCUGGUGUCGCAGAAGCCUUUGCCAACAUCACCAUUUCCCGAUGCCGUUCAGGUUCCCGAACCUUCCGAAAAGCCGACAUCACAGGGAGAACAUUCCCAACAGCCAACCACUCCUGCCGAUUCGGAAGACGUCGACAUGAACGCUUCCGAAGGAGAAGACGGUGGAAACGAUGACGGAGGCUCUGACGACGACAGCCUUAACGCCGAUGGCACCAAAUCGAAGAACAAGAAGAAGUCACAGCGCUUCUAUUGCACUGACUACCCACCUUGUAAUCUUAGCUUUACCAGAAGUGAACAUCUGGCUAGGCACAUUAGAAAGCAUACGGGCGAAAGACCGUUCAUGUGCCAUUGCACACGAAGGUUUUCGAGACUUGACAACUUGAGACAGCAUGCCCAAACCGUCCAUGUCAACGAAGACAUCCCAGCAGACUCGCUGGCCGUGGCAAGCUCCAGGUUUGUCCGACAGGUACGACCGGAUCGCGUGCGACCCAAUGGUAGGGCCAGGACAGGAACUGGUGGCGGCGCUGGCGGGCCAGCUCGUGGCCACUCCAAGUCCUUGUCGACAUCUAGCAUAGCCAGCAUAGGCUCUUUGGGAUCCAACUAUAGCAACGCGCCACGCGAUGAUCCGGCUCGACGACGUCCUCCACCACUGGUUAUGGCCGAUCCCCGAUCGAGACUGUCACUCGAAUCAUACCGCAGCGGCGUUGACAGCCAGUAUUCAUACCGAGCAGCCUCUCCCAGCGACUUUAGCACUCCGACGUCAGCUACGUUCUCCACUGGUCAAAGCAGUCCUCGUUGGGCAUCGGGGAUGGCAUCACCUACAACCUCUCACUCACGUGCGCACAGCAUGUACAACACGGGCAGUCAGACCCCCGGAAGGAGACUCUCCGUCCCGUCCGUUGCUGGCAACCCCUUUCAGUCUCCACAUGGCGCGAGCCCUGCGGUCGGGAGACCUAUGUUUGGACCAUCAGGGCUUAACACAUCACAUUCCGGCGUCUUUUCCCCGAGCAGUGCGAGCCUACUCUCCUCGCCUACUCUAUCUCCGGCGGGCGGUUGGUCCCGUCGUGAAUCAAUGUCAGAGGCAGAGGCGAUGGAAUGGAGACGAAGAACGUGGCACGUUGACAGAGAUUACAAUGUCGGUGGCAGCCGUCUCAGCAAAGUCAUGAAUGUCGAUGAGCCUACGACCGGUCCAGGUGGAGCCAUUAGACUGCCUGGUAUCGAGUCCUUCGACGUACCUAACUCCAUUACUCCGCCUCGAAGGAUACCAUCACCAAUGAUGGUGGACUCCGAGACCAACGCACCACCCGCUCUCCUACUGCCAGAUACGAGGCCACAGACAGACGCCCAUCGCCCUCCACAGUGGGACAGAGAUAUGAGCCUUCACCGAGGUCUCACCAGAUUGGAUAUCACAUCGAGCAACUCACCACGCGACAGUGCUGGCGCUUGGGCAAGCGAGGCUAACAGCGCGGUGCAAGCUCAAGCUGAACACGUACGAGAGCAAAUUCGCACUCAGCCCACGGUCAGGUUUAACCCCGAGACGCAUGUGGUUCCGAUUCCAAACCCUGCCCCCUUGGGCCCCCCUCCUACUAGCAGCAAUAACAUGUUCAGAGGUCAUCAGCAUACGAUGUCUGCGCCCUCUAUCACCUCUCGCGAGUCUAAGAGGCAUGGGUGGUACCAUGGACCCAGCCCAAUGACUAUCCAUGCCCGUAUAAACGAGGGUACGGAGCCCAGGGAACAGAGGGUCUCGCACGUGGACCGCAUGAUGCAUCCGAACUUCAGCGGAUUUUCAGGUUUCCCCGCUAGGGAAAACCCACCACCACGACUCUUGGCACCAGCAUCAAAUCCGCAGGCAACACCCAUCAACCGACCUGGAGACCAGCACGGUGAAAGAGGUCCAAACCAACAGCCUGAUACUUUGGACCGAUUCAAGACUCUCGUCGCCGCUGCCACGGGAGGUGUGCCGACGGCUACUGCUUGCUAGGAACAGCAAGGUGCUUAACGGGCUGCACGGUCACGUCUCAUCUCUUCUCGACCGUAUUAAACAUUGACUAUGACACAUACAUAUCCUUUUCACGACUUUCACGACUUUCUCAUUUUUGUUUAUCCUGAAUUGAAUUUCUUGUAGCGCGCAGUUAUGACUGGAGGCACAGCACAGCAUUGAGACGAAGACGGAACUUGAUUCCACCAGGGCAACCGGACUUUCUUUUCCUUUUCGUUCACGAUGUUGCAUACUCUCUGAUACGGUCUGCGUUUACUUUAUUUGCUUUUUUUUUCUUUUCUCAAAUUUUGCAUUCCAAGUCUUGUUAUGUUUGACGCUGCUAUGUUUUUCAUUUAUCUCCUUCCCUUCAGGUCGGCUGUUUGUUUGUGUUUCAGUUCAAUAACCCCCGGGUGAAAUCGCUAGAACUCUCUUGGUCAUUUACUGCUCGAGUGUCGCGAUAGUCGGUCACUCGCCGGCCUAGCCACACUUGGCAUUGCAUUAAUCUUCUAUGUUAGGUUUUGUUUCUUUCAAGUGAUAGCACCUUUGCCAUCCAGGUACCCUUGCGAGCUACCAGCGAUAAUUUCGGCUUCAUUUCUAAAGCUUGCUGUCAUGGUUCUGGGACAACUGACAUGGAGCUUGGCUUCUUUGUGGGAUCAUCAUAGGGGGGUCUGCGCCACUGUCUUUCACCGGUUUUUUUUUUUUGAGACUUCCUUUGUGCGGACGGCUGUCUAUUUUAUUAGUUUCAAUCCUAUCUGAUACCCAAAUACAGAUUGUUCACGAUAUUAUUCCCACGUACAUUCCAUUUUGUUCAAAACGCGCACUAGAG